AUGGGAAUUGGAGGUGACAAUACAGCACGGACCGAGGGAAGCUGCAAAUAUCAGAAAGUGAAAAGGAUCUGGGGUAAAUAUAACACAAAAACCUUCCAGCGACUGUGGGCGCAGGUGGGUGAAAACUUGCCCAACAUGAGAAAUUUCCCUCGCCUGGUUGGGGAGUGUGGGGGUAAGAAUUAUCACCUUGUUCAUCCAUCUGCUGAUGUUACCUCAGUUGUUAAUGGCACUAUUCGUUCAGCCUUUGAGUAUUGUGGGCAGAAGUGCUCAGCUUGUUCUCGUGCCUACUUCCCUGAAUCACUGUGGCCAGAGAUAAAAGAAAAAUUGUUGAGCGUACAAAAAGAGUUGAAGGUUGGUGAUGUCAGAGAGCCUGACUCCUUCAUGUCAGCUGUGAUUGAUGCUAAAGCAUUUAAACGUAUCACUGGAUACAUUGAACAUGCAAAGGCUUCAUCCAAAACUUCCAUAAUUGCUGGUGGAAAAUAUGAUGACAGUAUUGGUUACUUUGUGGAGCCAACGAUUGUGCAGACAACAGAUCCACAUGAUCGCCUCAUGACAGAAGAGAUUUUUGGACCCAUCCUUACAGUUUAUGUUUAUCCUGAUGGACAAGUAAACAGCAUGAUCAAUCUUGUCAAUACAUCUACUCCAUAUGCUCUAACUGGAGCCAUAUUUAGCCAGGAUGAGUCAUGGUUGACAGCAGCAACAGAAGCCUUGAAAGAUUCUGCUGGUAACUUCUACAUUAAUGACAAGUCUACUGGAUCUGUUGUAGCUCAACAACCAUUUGGAGGAGCACGUUUGUCAGGCACCAACGACAAGGCUGGAGGGCUGCAGUAUGCUCUGCGGUGGACCUCACCUCAAGCCAUCAAGCAGACCAUUGUUCCAAUUACUGAUAUUAAAUACCAUUAUGGUCUAGGUGUACCAGCAGAGGUUGUGGCUGGUGUGUGA